AUGGGUGCCUGCCUCUGCACGGGUCACAAAGAUCUGCAGCAGCCCAUGACUGUACUAUGGGGCCAGACGGAGGAGGGACAGUCAUCCUCUGACAAGGAAGUCCAGAAUCCGUCCAAUGGUAGUGUGACCGACAAGAGCAGCAGAUAUGACAUCGGAGAACUGGCUACAUCCUCACUCAUGGGUCUGGUGGCCACGAUAAAGGAUCACAUCACUAAACCCACAGCCAUGGCCCAGGGCAGAGUGGCGCACCUGAUUGAAUGGAAGGGCUGGGGCGUGAGCGAGGGGGGGUCUGGGGGGUGGAGCGGGGCGGGGUGGGGCAGAGGGGGGGCUGGGUGGGGGGGCAUGGAGGCAGAGCUACAGGAGGACGCACAGUUCUACUCGCAGAUGACGGACGAGAUCAAAGAGGCUCGCUUCGCAGCAGGUGUGGCAGAGCAGUUCGCACUCGCUGAAGCUGCGAUGAAUGUGUGGUCCAUGGGUGACGGCCUCGAGCGACCCUCCACCAGUUUACAAGUGCCCCACAACCACCUGCUGUCCCAGUUCCUGUUGGACGGGGGGAGCAUGGGCGUCCCUCAGCACCUGUACAGCCUGCACUCACAGAUGUACACGGAGUCGAGCAUGGCACCCACCCACGAUGACUCUGUGUCACCCACCACCAGCAGCACCCAUCCACAGACAGCGGUGCAGGUGGAGGCCCAGGGCCCAAUCACAGCAGAGGCCAGUGUGAGACAUGUGGACAGCAGCUCUCUGUCUGAGGAUGAUGUCUUUUAUAACUAA